AUGUGCUCGACGUCUCUGCACCCUCCCGUCGGCGUCCACGACCUGCCCGAGGAACUCCUCGCCUGCAUCUUCAGCCACCUCGCACCGAGCGACGGCAGCAUCGACCUCGACACGCUCAAGAGCUGCUCGCUCGCACACUCGACCUUUCGCGAGCCGGCACAGAAGCUCCUGUGGGAGGCGGUCGAGCUCGAGACGGAGGACGACGUGCGGCAGUGGACGGCGACCCGGUCGAGGAGGCGCGCAGCGCCAAAGGAGCUCGCCCUGCACGCGUUCAAGACGCGCAAAGGCCUCGCGCGGCUCCUCGACGGGUGCGACGGCCUGCGGUGGCUCAUGUUUGCGACGCCGAACCGCGACAUGGACCCGGCCGUCCUCGCGCAUCCUUCCCUCCACGACCUGCGCACCCUCAUCGUCCAAGGUUGGCUGCACAAGCCUCAGCCCGCCCUCGUCCUCCCCUUCCGUCUACACACCCUCGUCCUCGCCGACCUGUACCCGGGCUCGCCCAACUUUGCCGCAUGGCUCGACGUCAUCGCCCACUCGUCCCUCCCGUCCAUACGCUCCAUCUCCCUGCCCGCGUGCUCGGCCGCCGCACAUCCCGCCGUCGCCGCCGCGCUCGCACCUUUCGCGCCUCGACUCGAGCACCUCGGCCUCUCGAUCGCGACCCGGGACGACUCGACGCCCUAUACAGCCGUCCUCGACGCGGCGUCGUCGCUCAACUCGCUCGAGUGCACCUCUCUCCCGGCCAUCCUCCUCGCGCACCUCCCCCUCUCGCUCACCGUCCUCGCCACGACCGAGGACGCGCGCUCGAUCCCGGCCGACGCCCUUCGAGACGUCUUCGAGCGCCCCAACUCGAAACUGCAGCGGCUGUACUUUGCGUGCUCGCGGUACGAGUUCCUGAACGAGGUGGAGGGCGGCAGGGCCAUGGUCGAGGCGGCAGGCAGGAGGGCGGUCGACUGGCGGUUUCAGGGCGAGGCCGAGGAGUAGAGCGAUGUGCGCGAGGCGGGACGUACCAGAUGGUCUUCUAUCAGAGCCUGUCGAGCAACCUCUCGAGAAGGCUUUCGACUCAACUCGAGCAGAUCCGCUCCCUGCAUCGACGAGCGCAUUCUCUCCGCCUC